AUGAAUGAUAGUGAGAGAUACAAUCGACGAUGGAACCUCCGUCUCCACGGGCUGAAGGAAUCAGAAGGAGAGAAUGUUAAAAAAAUGAUGAUAGACAUUUGUUCUGCUGUGGCUCCUGACACCGGUGAAUCCCUUCAUCUCUUCAUUGACGUCUGUCAUCGGGUGGGGAGAAAGAUGGAGAGCUCCACCAGACCCAUCAUCAUCCGCUUCGUUUCCAGAACCAUGCGGGAUCUCAUCUGGCAGCGCUCCAAAGAGGCCGAGAUUCUCCGGGCACGCAGACUACGCUUCACGAGGACCUCACUGCCCGAGACCGAGCCAUUCGCAGCGCGUUGUGGCCCCUGA